AUGAAUGAUUUACAAAUCGGAACAAGCAGAACCAGUAAUGGAAUUAUUGGUUUACCUUCUUCAACUGGAAUGGAAGUAGGAGGUUUAUCACCUACAAUGAUUUCAGCUAUCAAUAAUUUAUCGAUUGAUGAAAAUUCAAUUGCACCAGAGGAACCUUUAAGAGCGAUAGUGAUUAAUAGACCUACUGCUCAAAUGAUUGAAACAUAUAGAUUACCAAAACCAAAAGAUCAAAUGUCAGAACAAGAAAUAAAUAAUUUAAUUAUGAGUCCUGUUCCACAAGGUCAAAAGGUUUUAUGUAAAAUAACUCGUAAAAGAGAUAAAUUUGGUAAAUUUUAUCCAUUAUAUGAACUGUUUAUUGAAGAACGAGACAACAAUGGCGAACAGAUAAGAACAUUUCUUAUGUCAGCUAGAAAGAAAAAGAAAAGUAAAAGCUCACAUUAUAUCAUUACCACUGAAAAAUUAACAAGCUCUAGCACACCUAAAACCAUUGUGGGAAGAGAUCCUAAUAUACUUGGAUUUAAAGGUCCACGUAAAAUGACAAUUUUAUUAAUAGGAAUGAUGAUAAGUGGUGAAAGACCUGAAUUUCGUCCCAAAGAAGAAUCAGAAACAUUAAUCGGUAAAUUUCGUAAUGGUGAUAAACGAGAUAUAUUAGUUUUACAUAAUAAAUCACCACAAUGGAAUGAAGAUACAAGAUCAUAUGUGCUAAAUUUUAGUGGUAGAGUAACUCUGGCAUCUGUAAAGAAUUUUCAAAUUGUACAUGAUAACGAUUUGGAUUAUAUUAUAAUGCAAUUUGGUCGUGUAUCAGAGGACUCAUUUACAAUGGAUUUUAUGUACCCAAUGUGUCCCAUUCAAGCUUUCGCAAUUGCUUUAACAAGUUUCGAUGCUAAACUUGCAUGUGAAUAA